AUGGUUAAAGUUUUAGUUACAGGAGCUAGUGGAUUUGUUGCAACCCACUUAGUUCAAUUACUUGAUAAGAAAGGCUAUGACAUUGUAGGAACCGUCCGUUCAAAAGAAAAAGGUGAAAAGUUAAAGAGCAAAUUCUCCAACUUUGAAUAUGAGAUUGUUGGCGAUAUGACAAUUGAAGGAGCUUUCGAUGAUGUUUUGAAGAAAUAUCAAUUCGAGUACUUAUUUCAUACUGCUUCCCCAUUCUUUUAUGAUACCACUGAACCAGAAAAAGAUUUAAUCAUUCCAGCUAUCAAAGGGACUGAAAAUAUUUUGGCCAGUGUUGAAAAAUAUGGUACAUCUAUCAAGAAAGUUGUCUUAACUUCAAGUGAUGCUGCUGUUUAUUCUGCUGAAGAUGAACAAAACAACAAAUUAUCUUUUGAUGAAAGUAGCUGGAAUAAUAUUAGUUACGAAGAUGCUUGUAAAGAUUCGGUUUAUGCUUAUUAUGGAGCCAAAUCAUUUGCUGAAAAAUAUGCUUGGGAAUUUUUAAAGACUCAUGAUGUGAAGUUCCAAAUGACUGCUGUCAACCCAGUUUAUAUCUUCGGACCUCAAGUGUUUGAAGAAGAUGCCAAAGGUAAAUUAAACACUUCGAAUCAAUUAAUCGGGGAUUUAUUGAACUUAACUCCAGAAGAAAUGGAAAAAUUCGAUAAUUUGAAAGGUGGUUAUGUUGACGUUAGGGAUAUUGCUAAAGCUCAUUUAAUGGCAGUUGAAAAUGAAGAUUGUGCUGGUAAAAGAUUAUUCUGCUAUGGAGGCAAAUUCAGCAAUCAAAUGUUAUUAGAUAUUGUCAACAAAAAUUUUCCUCAAUUGAAAUUACCUAUUGGAACUGCUGGUAGUGGACCAGAGGACAUUAAAGAAUUAUGUCAAACUAGUAAUGAUGCCACUAAGAAGUUAUUAGGUUUUGAAUUCAAUGACAUUGAAAAAAUUGUGGUUGAUGUAGUAGAUCAGAUUUUGAAAUCCAAAUUAUAG